AAAAGAGAGAGAGAAACGUGGGCCGAACAUUAUCAGGAGGAGGAUUCAAGCGAAGCAAAAUCCCACCCCUUCUGGUGACAGAGUGUUUUUGUUUUGUUGUUUCCCUUCAAUUGGAGAAGAGUUAGCGAGUCUCUUACGCCGAGAUUGAGAGAGAGAGAGAGAGAGAGAGAGAGGCUUGUUCUUUCUUCUUCUUCCUUCUUCUUCCUCGUUAAGGUAAAACAAAAGCCUCAGAUCUCUUCUUCGCAUUCUCAUCUAUUUCUUCCGAUUUCUUCUCUUUUUUUUUUUCCAUAAUCUCUUUAUUCUUUUUAAAAUUUCUUGCGAAAAGUUCGGGAUUUUGUUCGUCAAUUUCGAAGAAUGUUUGCUUUUUUCUCCGUCUUAAGGUUUCUUUAGCUCUCGUUGGGUGGAGGGUUUGAUGAUUCUCUUUGUGAUCUCCGAUGAAAUCUCAUAUUAAAUCCUUAUGAAAGUUUCGUCCUUUAUUUACAUUGUCGAGGUUACUCUUCUCUUUGUUUAUUGGCUCUGUCUUUAGAAGCAAUCUGUCUCAUAUAGUGGGCAAAGAUGGUUGCAGAACAACGUUUCACAGUCGAUUUGAAUAAGCCACUUGUCUUUCAGGUUGGUCACCUUGGUGAAGAGUAUCAGGAAUGGAUUCAUCAACCUAUUGUAUGUGUCGAAGGUCCUCGUUUUUUCCAAAGUGAUUUUUGGGAGUUCUUGACUCGCACGGUUUGGUGGGCAAUCCCAACAAUUUGGCUUCCUGUUGUUUGCUACGUUCUAUCAAUAUCGGCAAGGAAGGGACUUACAUAUCCCCAGAUCGGUUUAAUAGUUGCCUUAGGUGUACUCACGUGGACACUUCUCGAGUACACCCUUCAUCGUUUCCUUUUCCACAUCCAAACCAAGAGUUACUGGGCAAACACCGCACACUAUCUUCUUCAUGGAUGCCAUCACAAGCACCCACAAGAUGGCCUCCGUCUUGUUUUCCCACCUACUGCAACAGCGAUUCUCUUGGUUCCACUGUGGAAGCUUCUCCAUCUCGUAGCUACUCCUGCUACAGCUCCUGCUAUGCUUGGAGGCAUAUUGUUUGGCUAUGUGAUGUAUGAUAUUACUCAUUACUAUCUACACCAUGGUCAACCUAAAGAACCAACCUUUAAACAUCUUAAGAAAUACCACCUGAAUCAUCACUUCAGGAUUCAGGACAAAGGAUAUGGAAUCACUUCGUCUCUCUGGGACAAAGUCUUUGGAACACUUCCUGGUACAAAAGCCGCUGCAGGGAAGAAGAGCUAAAUUGGAUUUCUGUUUGCCAUUUUGAGAGUGUCGAAAAACUCACUGAUAUUGUGUAUUCUUAUUCAUCAGGUGAUUCAAUGACUGUUUAACUACUACUGUAUACGAUCUAUUCACCAUAUUUGAACAUAUUUAGUGGUGCCUAAAACUGCUAUUCAGUUUAAUUUUUUCUAGUUUAUUGGUUUA